AUGCCUUAUAAAAGGAAUUAUAUUUUAACGUGUGGUGCUAAAUGUGGAAUUGAUGAAAGCUGCAUGGGAAUUGAUAUUUGUGAUGGCAGGAUUUGCCGUCUUUGGAAUGCGACCUUUUACCCGAGCCUUUUGUCGAAUGAUUCAAACGGACUAUGCAAGCGGUAUAUUAAGGUCAUUCAGAGGCGGUUUGAUGGAUCGGUCGACUUUUACAGAAACUGGACCGAGUAUGAGAACGGGUUUGGUUCCUUACAAUCCGAGAUCUGGUUAGGAAACCAAUACAUUAACGAGCUUACAAAUGCUGGUUAUACUGUCCUGAGAAUUGAACUCACUGGCUUUAAUGGAGAGAUGAGGCAUAUAGAAUACAACUUUAACAUAGAAAACAAAACUAACGACUAUAGACUGCAUAUUUCCGAACGAAAUGUAUCUGGAAUAUAUAACUUAUAUCACAGUGACAGAGCAUUCUUCUGUACAUUUGAUAAAGACAACGACAACUGGAACGCAGCUCACUGUGCAGAUAUGUCAGAAAAAGCCAGUGGUUGGUGGCACUCGAAAGCUGCAUGGUGCACCGAUGGUAAUCUAAAUGGAAUAUAUAAGAACGAGUAUAUGAACUAUCAGCAGGGGAUUCAUUGGUUUGCAUGGGACGGACAAUGGACCCUCAAAGAGACCAAAAUGAUGCUCAGAAAACCCUAA